AUGAGAGACUACCAGACAGCUAACCAGUCACCCCUAGAUGAGGGGGAUCCCAGAAGAGUGGAGCCUCUUGACCCCCCUGAGGGGUCGUCACCCGGGGAACGGGUGUUCGUUGAGGGGUACGAGACGGGCAAGCCAGACGACAAACUAAACCCAAAGAAAAAGCUGUGGGAGAAACUACAGGUGGACCUGAAGGUGUCAGGACAGUGCGUAGCCCAGUGGCAGGACAAACACCUGAUGACCAAACUGGGACACAUCACCUGUAAAACACUGAAGGGAGGCAACAUCAGCUAAGAGACACACUGUCAAUCCCUUGAUGCGCUCUCUACUUGCCCAGCUUACCUUCCCCAGAGAACCUCCACACACGUCACCACGGCAACGUCACUCUCUCUUCCCGCCCGGAGAACUAAUCAUUCAUAUGAAUAAUAAUACCUUGAUCAAUCUAAUACAGCGAUCUGGGUUUAAAUAAAACGGUCUUAUUUACUAUCGAUAUCUCUGCUGUGUUUUCACCUCCUGAUGUUUCAGUAAUCGUAUGGCUCUGUAAUGCUUGAAGUUAUUGUCGAUAUCUCUGUCUGGUGCCCUCUGUUUUUAAACACAUUGUCUCAUGUGGUCUGGGGAAAUUAUUUGAGGAAAAAUAUGGAACGACGUUUGUCGUGACCUAUUAACCUAGAGAGACACGUCGGCGAGUCAUCAACAGUCUCUACUGUCUCUAACCAUGUCUUAGAUCAUUCACCUAGGACCUAUCCUUUAGUGCCUAAAUCUAUUGCGUUGGGAUGAGAUAACGGUUGAAUCGGCAGGUUAUACCGGUCCUUUCCUGUGGAAACGCUGCCAUUGCUCUUAUGUCAUCAUCUUCAUCAUCAUCAUCAUGAAGAAAUAAACCGGUUGAAUCCAG